CACUCAUUCUCUCAUACUCAUUCCAAACGCACACACACACACACACACACUCUCUCUCUCUCUCGCAUUACACCACUCCAACGCUAAUCAUUAUGGAUUCCACAACCAUUUCUGUCAACGACGCCUACUCCUACUCUAUCCAGGACGGUGACCAGGUCCUCGAGUCAGCUGUUCAGUGUUUGUCUGCCGCCUGCAUCGCCCAGUGGCUCCAGAAAAGUCCUAAUGCCAGAGCAACCCUGUUCAUGGAUACCACUGACACGAUUGACGUCCCAGUAUAUGCUUUACGAAGAAGAAACGCUGUCGUGGCCGACCUUCCAGAAGCCCCAUCGACCAUCACCGCAUAAACUACUACCGCUAUCUACCAUCAUCACCAUCGUUCAUCAAGAUAACCUUCUUUCUCAUACAUCACACACCUACUACUACUACUAUUACUACUACUA